UAGAAUCGGAGCUACAGGGGAACUGAAUUUGGAAAGAGAUAAACAUGGCGAAUCCAUCGAUGUAUAUAAUGAUUGCAGUUUUAGCUAUGAUCUUGGCUUCAUUGGCCUCCGCCGAUGAUGUUAUCGUACUCACGGAGGAUAAUUUCGACAAGGAGGUUGGUCAAGAUCGUGGUGCUCUUGUAGAGUUUUACGCUCCUUGGUGUGGCCACUGUAAAAAACUAGCUCCUGAAUAUGAGAAGCUUGGUGCAAGUUUCAAGAAAGCAAAGUCUGUGUUGAUUGGAAAGGUUGAUUGCGAUGAACACAAGACAGUUUGUAGCAAAUAUGGUGUUUCUGGAUACCCAACAAUUCAAUGGUUUCCCAAGGGUUCUUUGGAACCAAAAAAGUAUGAGGGUGCACGAAAUGCUGAAGCCCUUGUUUCUUAUAUUAACAAGGAGGGAGGCACUAAUGUGAAGUUAGCUGUUAUUCCCUCCAGUGUUGUGAUACUCACAUCUGACAAUUUUGACGAUAUUGUCCUUAAUGAGAAGAAGAAUGUGUUGGUUGAGUUCUACGCACCCUGGUGCGGUCAUUGCAAGAGCCUUGCACCUAUCUAUGAAAAGGUUGGCACUGUAUUUAAUUUGGAAGAAGACGUGGUGAUUGCUAAUCUAGAUGCCGAUACUCACAAGGAUCUUGCAGGGAAGUAUGGUGUUAGUGGAUAUCCUACGUUGAAGUUCUUUCCAAAGGGUAACAAAGCCGGGGAAGAUUAUAAUGGUGGACGUGAUUUAGAUGAUUUCGUGACUUUCAUCAAUGAGAAGUGUGGAACCAGCCGUGAUGCAAAAGGACAACUAACCGAUAAAGCUGGUAGAGUUGAGAAAUUGGAUGCUCUGGUUAAGGAACUCAUUAAUGCAGGGGAGAAUGAGAAUGAGAAGAAGGAAGUUUACGGUAAGAUAGAGGACGAAGUUGAAAAGCUAGACGGUUCUUCUGCAAGGUAUGGAAAAAUUUACUUGAAAGCUGUAAAGAACUAUAUGAAUAAAGGCACAGAUUAUGCCAAGAAUGAGAUCCAAAGACUUGAACGCAUUCUCGAUAAGUCCAUCAGCCCAGCAAAGGCUGACGAAUUCACGCUGAAGAAGAAUAUCUUAUCGGCUUUCGCUUGAAUUUUCGAUAGAAGAUGAGGCCGAUUUAACCUGGCUAGCACACGACGGUAUUGAAUCAACUUUUUUUUUGUGUGUGUUCAAAGUGAGAAAUGCUAGAUCACAUAAGUUAGGGUGGGAUUGGACAUUCUGUUUUACAACUAGAAAUAAAUGGGAGUUAAA